AUGCUUCUAGCUCUGACGCUGGCACUGAUGCCAGUCGACACCACCACAAAGGACCAUAUCCAGCAAGAUGUCGACGACGCGAUCGCGACGGGCCUCGAUGGCUUCGCCUUGAAUGUUCAAUGUCCGACCGAUGCGUUCGCCAAGGACCGCAUCCAAGAGAUGGGACGCUACAUCGAGGCGCAGAAGCUCCAAUUCGGCAUCUUGAUCAGUAUGGAUGUGUGCGACUCGGGAGGGGCAUCGUGCGGCGGUGCAGGCGCUGCCGACUACGUUUCCCUGUGUCAAGAGGCGAUGGCACUCUACGCGUACUACCAGGUUGACGGAAGUGUAUUGGAUCUCGACGACACGGAAGGCUACUGGGACAGUCAAGCGGGCUGGUGGGAUGCGUGGGGCAAUCUCACCGAUGGCCUCUUCGGUUGGGAAUCUGCCUGGCCAAGUCUGGGGCAACAGGCCUCGAAGCAGACUGGUGGGCUGGGAGUAAUUGCCCGGGAUCAAGUGGUCAUUGACGCGGCUGCUAGACAGGGUACAUCUUAUAUGUCUGAGCUUUUCACUGAUGACCGUCAACAGCAUUGA